AUGACAGUCCUGUAUGGUUUAUAUUUGAUUUUGACAUGUGUGAGUGCGUCUUCGCUGUACAAAAGGGUCGAUAUCGACAGUUAUAGAACGCCGACUAAAUGGGGUACUGGACCAGCUUGUGUAAUCAACUGUUGGGGUAAAGAGAAUGGUGUAUAUCAAUCAUGUGAUUCGUGUAAAACAUAUAUAACAUGUGAUAGAGGUAGACUCUAUGAUAAUGGUACCUGCUAUGAAGAUCUAGUAUGGGAUAAUAAUAGAAAGAAAUGUACCUUUCCUCCUUCCUCAACAUGUUGGAUGAAUGGGCCAUGUACAUACGACUGUCGGGAUAAAAGGGAUGGUAACUACCAAUCAUGUCGUGCUUGUGACGUUUAUGUCACUUGUGUGAGUGGUAAACUGUAUCCAGAUCAACCGUGUCCACAGGGGAAAGUUUGGGACCAGUCAAUCCGAGAAUGUGAUUUAGCUUCUUCAACGUGUAUUCAAAAUUAA